AAACAAUAUGGCGGACAUGUAGUCAGUGAAAAUAAUUGUUUCGUAAAAAAAUAGAAUUUGACGAGAUUUACUCAAUUUGACCCAUUUUUUCAGAUGCAUUAUAAUCAAACAUAAUAAUCUUUACCUAGCUGCAACAUGCCAGCCGUAGAGACAAUGAAUAGAGGCCUGAUGGGCCAACAUGGCCCUACAGAUACCUCGGGAUUGCUCAUAGAAACCAUGCAAAUAGAAGAACCCAGGAAAUCUCAGCAUGUACCCAACCAUGUUCUGGAAACGAAAAUAUACACAAAAAUUGCCCAGAACUCAAUGGUGCUUGCCAAGCCAUCAGUGAUACAUUUUGGAGGUUUUGAGGUUGACAAGAAACAUACUUUGUCCUUGAGCAUUGUAAAUGUUUCAACAGAAGUUAUUAGAAUGCAUGUCAUACCUCCGCAGACAAAAUACUUCUAUAUCAAAUAUACCAAAAAUGAAAGAUUGGUUCCAGGACUGACAUUAGACUGUACCAUUGAGUUUACACCUGAUGAAUGGAGAUAUUAUUAUGACUGUAUUAGAAUUAACUGCCCUGGGGAAGAAAAUCUUGUCAUUCCUAUACAUGCUUACCCUGUGAUGAGUACCAAAGAUUUCCCACAGCUGUUCAAUUUUCCACCAGUCCCUGUUGGUCAUAAAAUGACUAAGGUAUUCCCAUUGCGAUGUGAAGCACCAAUAGAUUUUGAGUUUCAGUUGACAUACCUACAGCCUCAUCAAGCUUUCACUGUUAAUCCAAUGUCAGGUAUUAUUCCUGCUAAUGGGGAGACAGAGGUUGCUGUCACUUUUUGUCCAAUUGAAUUUCACACAGCAUAUAUGAGAAUACAGUUGGUUAUUUCACAGUUCAACUCUAACCCGAUUGUGUGUACUUUUACUGGAACUUCUGUACCUGGAUUGCUCAAGGAUGAAACAUUAAAGUAUUCCUUCCAGUAUGGCGAAGGAUCUGAGGAGUCCCUAUUAGAUCCACGUAGCUUGACACCUGUAGAACGAGCUCGAAGAAAAAAGAAAAAGCUCUCCCUCCCCCCUCCCACAAAUGUCAAACAGGAAGUUGAAUAUCAAGGUGUAAAAUUUCCAGUUGAUCUAAAUAAUCCAUAUGCUGUGUCUCAAGUACUGAAUCAGGAGCCAGGCAAACUGAGGGCGAAGGAUCUCAGAGAUGUUGUUGUCACUAAAGAUUCUAAGCCAAAAGCUGCAACACGACAAAUGAAGGAAGCAAAGUUUGAGCAUCAGGUUAGGCAGAAUGUUUAUGAGGAACGUCAGAAUCAGUUACGAUGGCAGUCUAAACUUGGAGAUGAUCAAAUAAACACUGAGGAUAGGGCUAAAAUACUCUCUGAGAGAAAUAAAGCCUGGAAUAUAUACAAGUACAAAAGGUGCGGGGAGCCGGUUGAAGAUGAGGAAUAUAACAGAGAAUGUAGUAAAUGUACAUUUAAACGUACAAUGAGAGACAAAGAUAAUCUACCGUCAGAGACAGCACAGUUUGAUCAAUAUACCAACGAUAUGUGGCAUGUUAGACACAGUACACUCAGUAGAUUUGCACAAGCUGCUCGGAAGGUAAUUAUCCGACAAAGAGCAUCUAGCAAAUUGAAAUCUCUGAAUAAGAUGAUAGAAGACUGGCAUCGUAAACAGUUUGUCACGGAGAGUCUUACAGCUGAAGAAAAAGAGAAAAUGCAGGAAGAGGAGAAGAAAGAAUUGAUACCAGAAAAUUUGGAACUACAUGCUGAUAGAAUCAAACAACAUCAGUUCCCCACAUAUGUCCCUCCAAAUGUCAAAGAUGACAUGGCACCAGAUGCUCUCGGGUCUGUUCCAUUCAAGCCUACAGAGGUUGUUGUGAAAAGGAAAGUGCCUUAUUUCGGUUUAAAAGUUCCCCAGCAGUACAAAUUAAAUGGAUACACAGCUUAUAAUACCCAGGAAGCCUGUAGCGGUUAUGUGCCCGUCAUCAGGUCAAAACCACUGAGAACUGGAGCAGAGGAUGAGGUUAUUACUUUACCACCUCCAGUUACCAUGAAGGAGAAAUCUUCUGUCAAUGUUACUAGAACAAGUCUAGCAUUAGACCUGAGUACAGUAGGGGAUGUAACUCUAGAAACUGUAGAAACUAAAAAGCCAGCCCCAGUGCAUGUUGUCUCCCUUACACCACCACAGGCACUCUUUCAGCCAAUGGAAUAUCCACCACUUCAUGUAUUUAAUCCAGCACCUGGUUUACAAGUGUUCCAAGCUCCAGUACCCUUUGCUGAGACAGAUGCCGAUUUUCACCUGUGUCCUCUACCACGGUACUUCAGGAAGGACCACAGUUCAAACAUGCACGCUGCCACACAGAGGAAGUAUAUGGAUAGGGAGGAUGUUGUAAGGGGAAUAAUGACAUGGAAGAAAUUCCCAUCACAGGGUCUUACCUCCCUUAGUAACACACCUACACUAACAAAUGUCUGGGUCCCAAGAUGGGAUGAUCCCUUUGGUGAGGAGUUGUUACCUCAAAAUGUUCCUGCACUUCUUGAUAGCCUCCCAGAAGAUGAUGGUGACAAUAUUGUUGAUGAUGAGGAGGAGGAUGGUAGAAGCACAUCACGUAUGUCUGUGGCCUUGACCCCUGACAUGGUCAAUGCUCAAUUUCAGAUGAUUGACCCCUCAACACCAGCAGACGAGAAGGUCCAGGUAGAUGCUUUCCCACAUGGAAACAAAAUGCCAGCUUCAAACAUUCCAGUAUCAUCAUAUGGUCCAGUACCUAGGGAGAAAAGGGAAGAAGAGCUAGAAUAUUUUAUGACAAAGAAAUACAAUCGUCUAGGAGCCAAGAUACAGUCUAGAAUCAACACCCUUAACACACUGUCCACUGAUUCUAAACUUGUGCUUAAAUAAAUAAACAGUUGUUAAGUUUGUUAUCAUUGACUUUAGAGAAGAAGUGAAAUUGUGCUGUUGUUAAAAUGUUAAUGGAAAAAAUAAUAAAGAAUUUACUAUAGAAUUAUGUUACUGAAAAGAUUUGUUGAAAUAUUUUUCUUGUUAACGACAAUUCUGUUCUUCUUGUGCAUUUAUCCUUCCCUUUCAAAAGUUAGGCUUUGAGUUUAUUGUACAAAAAAAGAUUUUAAAAAAUUAAGCCAAUUAAAUCCAGUCUAAAGCUCCUAGCAUUUGAAUGGCUGAUUCAAAAUUGUGAUUUCAAAUUGACCAAUUGUAGACUUUAGUUAGUAAACUGGUUUUAAAUUUGACUUUGUGAAUCAAUUAGUUAAAAGGCAAAAACUAACAACUAUGUGUUUAUAAGGUCUGGUCUUGAGAACUAGAGUUUUAUGUAUAACUGAAAGGUCAAUGUUUUUGUUAAAUCAUAAAUGUAACUACAGUUUUAAGAUGGUGUAAAUGCACUAAAUUCAUAGCAACUUGUUAAAUUUUUAGCACUUUAAGGGUACUAGGCAAAAUGAUUCUUACUUGAGCCAAUGUUAAUUUCCAACCCUUUACCUUGUCAAUAUUUUAUGAACCAAUUCUGAAUGUAAGUUUUUUUUUAUGUGAAACCUCAUAUUUUUUAUUUCCUUUGGUAAGUUAUUUUGAACAAUAUGACUAAUCAAAUAAAUGUUUCUGCAUGAUUGAAAAAUUAAGAUUAGAUAACUGAAAACUAUUACUGUAAUAUGUAAUGUACUGCUGAAGUGAAGUUUGCAAAUACUUUACAUCUAUAGUGAUUUAUAUUUUUGUGUAAAGAAUAUUUCAUAAACUGUGAUAUAUAAAUAUUUAUUUGAAUGUAAAA